ACCACCAUUGGCCCCUUCUGCGCAGACCACCACGCGCACAAGCACAAGUCGACGACCAAAAACAGAGGAAGCAGAAGAAAAGGCAAAGGCCUCCAAGAUCUCGGCUCCGAGAGAGAUCUGAGAGAGAGGUGCUUCGGAGAUGCACGACUUCUGCUUCACGAUCCCCUACGGGUUCGCGGUCCUGGCCGGCGGCCUGCUGGGCUACCUCCGCCGCGGCAGCACCGCCUCACUGGCGGGCGGCGCCGGCGUGGGCGGGCUUCUCCUCCUGGCAGGGUUCGUCAGCCUCAAGGCCUUCGAGAAGCGCCGCAACUCCUACCUCGCCCUCGCACUCGAGACCCUUUGCGCACUGGCCUUGACCUUUGUUAUGGGGCAAAGAUACCUUGAAACUUCAAAGAUAAUGCCGGCUGGUGUCGUUGCUGGCCUCAGUGCUCUGAUGUUGGCAUUCUAUCUGUUCAAAAUUGCUACCGGCGGCAACCAUUUCUCGCCAAAGAAAGAGUAGGCCAGACGUUGCUUGGCCAAACCCAAAGACCAUAUGGCAUAUUGUGUUCUGCAUUCGAAUUGGAACUUGACUGAUGUUCUAUGUUGUGCUUGCACCUUUGCUCAAAUGUUUUGUAUGUGGACCUGGAAAGUAUUCACCAUGUAAAUGAACUAACAUUUCAAUUGUGCUUCGUUGAGGCGCAAACUUGUCUUA